ACAAGAGCAUAGCAGCCCCUGCAAAAAAAUAGUGGGGAUGAGGGGGAACCAGAAUGCUACAGUACUGAUGAGGAACAGAUGGGAGUACCGCUCUAACCCCAACCUGGCUUAUCCUCUCCCUGACCCUGGUGAGAUGUCAGUUGACCCAGUCACACCAGCCAACAAGAGGACAUCAGUCUCCACAGGCAAUCUAUUGGAGGAGCCUAGCUUAUCCAACUCUAGUCUUGAGCCUGUGUUGGGAUGCCAGAGAGACUACCUUACCUUGCCCGCUCCCAGAUCCCACAAUAGGAACGAGCCUGAUCAGACCCUCACCACAGGACAUCCAGAGAGACCUUCUGGGAUGAACACACUGAGACACACUCGGUCGCAGGAGAACAUAUUUGAGGAGAGAGGACCCCCCUCUGUUCUGGACAGACCACAGAUGUGGAAAAGUCAGUGUGAUCUUGCCAAACAGGAAGCAGCCAUCCAAUCCAUGGCCAUCCCUGUGCAGUCCAACUCCAGCACACUCAUCAGAGCCAGCAGCCGAGACCACUGGAGGGCCUCACAGACAGGCGUUCUCAUGAAGACCUCCCAGCCCACGCGCAUUGAUGUCCCUGCCUCACUGUCACAUGGAGUCUCCUUUGUCACCUUCAGACCACCAGCGGCUCUUCCAGGUGACCAAAACCACAGUGGCUCUCAUACCCUAGCCAGAACCCCAGCCCAUAGCGCUCUGCUUCAGAACCGUCAAGGGCAAUACCCAGGUACGGCCCCGGCCUGCUCCACGCUGCCUCGCCCUCAUCUCCACUCUCUCUCUGCACAACAGCAGAGGCUCUCAGCCAGACCCCGGUCCUCAAGUCUCAGGCCAGCCUCGACCCCACCAGCACCAAAAGAGGCCUCAAGCCAGGCCCUGACUUUCACACACGGUCUCAGCUCCACCCCUGCUAGGCAGAUGCAGCAGCCCACAGGCCUGACCACUGAAUCACCCACUGGAAGUGGUCUCUGGUUGGACCCGUGGCGCAGAGAGGAACGGGACCGUCUGCAGAAGCAGUACCGUCACCAGGCUGUGGACCAGCUGGAGCAGGAGGUCCUCCAGCUGCAGGGCAAAGUGCAGCGCACCCUGGAGGAGAGCGAGCGCCUUCGCAGGCUCUCGCUAGAGUGGCAGUUUCAGAAGAGGCUGCAGGAGUUCCAGCAGAGCGAUAGUGACGAGGACGGAGACGUGGACAUCAAGGAACACGAGCAGCGGCAGGGGGAAAGGAACAUCGUGGAGACAAAGCCAAUGGAACAUAUCACCAACCAGCUGCUGAGUAGGGAACACACAGAGGAGGCCAAGGCCAAGGGCCAGUCUAAAGGACAGGUCAAAGGAGGCACAGCAGGAGGUGUUGAGGAGUCUGAGAGCUCAAAUUACAAGACAAUUAAUAGAAAUCAUGAGGGGGGAGACAUCAGUCAAGUGAGAGCACCUGAGAACCUGUCCUUUAAGGAGCGCCAGAAGCUGUUUGCUCUAGCUAUGAGCACCUGAUGUAGAUCACAAUUUCAGUGAGCUGUCUCCAGACUGUGUACUCUCAUUACAAAGUACUUUUUUUUUUUAACUGACAUCACAGCUGUCCUUGAAAGAUUAGGUAAAAACUCCUUGACAGUGAUAAAAUCAUAUGAAUGCUCUGUAUACAGUAGCAAAGCUCUAGCAAGUAGCAAGUUGUAAUUAUAGAUUAGAACAAUAUCCAGUCAACCUUGAUGUUACUACAAGGCAUUGAUUCUGUAAAUACUUCAAAUA